AGCUGUAAACACGUGGAUCUCACUACUACAAUCAAACCCUGUGUAUUUUAUUGACGUUCUAAACGGCAGCUAUUUCUUUAAGUGCACUUUUUUCUGUUCCUACGCACGAACAAUUGUCUCUACAGUUUUAACAUGAACUCAAAGCGGUGACUGAACGUUUGAAAAGGUUCCGUUUUUCAUAAAGCAGGUUGCAUAAGGUGUGUGGUGUAGGAGAGCUCAAAGUUAAUUACAUUUAUGACAUGGCCUCUGUUUGCUCUCUUCCAUCUCUCAGCUCUGCUUUUUAUAGCUGUGUGGCAUGGCCCAGCUGUCUGUCUCAUAUUAACCCUGGAGAAAGCCAUUUUUGUCUGCUUCAAGAACAAAUGGAAAGAUGGAAAAUAACUGAAUACAUUUACUCAACCAACAGUACUCAAGUGCAAUUUUGUGGUAUUUUUAUUUUAAUUGAAUAUUUCCUUUUUAUGCCACUUUAUACUGCUACUCCAUGAUUACAUUUUAGCCUACAAAGUCAUGUUUCCAUAUAUGUGCAUUAAACAAAACAGAUAUAAUUUAGUGAAGGAAAAAAAAAAAAAAAACACACACACACACACACACACAUCAUCCUGUUGGUUCAGUUACAAUGAAUUCCUUACAUCACGCCUCAGAGACCUCUCCUGUAUCGAGCAGGACAACCUGCUGGCCAGAUUAUCUUACUGCAAGUCAAUUAGACACGAUGAGCCUGUUAUCAGAGGUGGCCCUAAAAUCACUUUAUUUCUGCAGGGACCAGUCCAUCCUAAUGUACUUUAUGUAAUAAAAUGAGGCAUCUAUGACUUCUGAUGUAAUUAAGCUCCUGGAAAAAUACAGCCGUCUUCAUAUUUAUAUAUUAAAUAUUUAUCUUCGUGUAUCUUUAUUAUGAUGCACCUGUAUGUAACAGACAUCUGACUAUAGAUAUAGAUAUAUAUAUUCAGCUUGUCCAUGGACACACACACACACAUCAAAUGUAUUUCCUGCAGAGUGACAGACCUUUUUCACAGCAAACACUUGUUCCAGGAGGAAAGGAACAGGUGUAAUUGGUUACUUAUAAAACGACUGCAUUCCUCUGAGGUGAGCUAGUUUCAUGGCCCUUGCAUUGUGCAUGAUGAGGCUGAUUCACUGUCAUGGCUGAAGCAUUUGAUGGAGCUGAGACACUGUUUAAAAAAUGCUGCUUUUUUACUGUGUCAAGUUAAACUGUCUGCUGUGAAAACGUUCUAUUUGACCUUUUUCACCUUCUACACCCUGACAGUUUGUCCCUCACUAUUAAUCAUGGCGUUAAUCAUGCACACCUGUUUUCACUGUCACUGAUGGAGAAGAUCUGCACCAAAGAAAGUGCAUCAACACAGUUCAUCUUUUAACAGAUCACAACCCAUAAACUGCACAAAUUAAACAAGCAUUUGUUCUGUUAUUUGAAUAACCUGACUGAUAAAUUACUAGAUUCACCCAAACACAACACUCUCUUAUCUUCAGCUGAAUUACAAAUAAAUUGCUACUGCAACUACAACAAUGUGAAAAUAUCAUAAUCCAUGAAUAAAACUCUUGCACAUUAAAAAAAACUAAAGUAAAAGCACAGAAGUAUCAGUGAUAAAAUGUACUUAAAGUAUCAAAAUAAAAGUACCUGCUCUGCAGAACAGUGGCCAUUGAUUGUCAUAUUAUGAUAAUGGAUGUUAAUACAGAUUCAUCAAUAUAUGAGCAGCAUCUUAGUGUUGUAGCUGGUCAGGGUGGUAGCUAGCAUCUGCCAGAAAAACGUGCAAGUGCCACAAAACUGCACCUAAGUACAGUUCCAGUUCUUCAGUAAAUGACCCACGUUCAACCACUGUGAGAUUCUGACCUCCCGUACACUAUUUAUAGGUUGAGAGGAUGCAGAGGAUGGAUGUGUAGAUAGACAGAUGUGUUUUUGCAGCGGUGCUGAUGUUGCAGGGAGGGGCGUGACGUCACGGGAGAGACCGGGAGGAAGAGGCGGAGGGGGGGAGAAGAGAAGAGGGGGAAGGAGAAGGGACGGAGGAGAGAGAGAGCGGGGGGAUGACUGCAUCAAAGGAAAAACAAAAAAAGAGAAAAAAGCAACCAUGACUUCUGUAAUUCAUCCUACGGUUUUUUUUUAGUAUAAAUCAUAAUGGUUGCUCUGUUUACCUACACAGUCGCAAUAAAUGACGAGCCGCCCCGGUAAGUGUAAACUGGCUUGAGAGAGAGAGAUGUCAUCUCCGGGUAUGGGCACCCCCAGUGACCCCCUCUUGGCCAGUCCAGGGGGGAGGUUAUUAUCCACAGCUCAGGAAGGUAUCUGGAGGAGCUCACUCCCCAAAACUGCCAGCUUCCCAACGUCCACCACUCGGCACCUCAGUCACCGAGCCAACAACUUCCAAAGACAGCCAAAGCGUCGGAAGCUGAUACGACCCUCUCCGCCGCCGCCGCCUAACACGCCCUGCCCCCUGGACCAGCUGGAUCUCAGUGAACUUCCCCCGAGACGUACCUUCCAAGAACUGCUCUUUAAUGGCUGCAUCCUGUUUGGUAUUGAAUUUAGUUACGCCAUGGAAACAGCUUAUGUGACUCCUGUGCUUCUACAGAUGGGCCUGCCUGAUCAAUUCUACAGCUUGGUGUGGUUUAUCAGCCCCAUACUGGGAUUCCUCGUUCAGCCUCUCAUUGGAGCAUGGAGUGAUCGAUGUACAUCCCGGUUUGGGCGAAGGAGACCCUUCAUUUUUGCUUUGGCAAUAGGGGCUUUGGUUGGUCUGACCCUGGUGCUGAAUGGACGGGACAUCGGAGGUGUUCUGGCUGACACAGCGUCAAAUCACAAGUGGGGGAUUGUCCUGACAGUGUGUGGUGUGGUCCUGAUGGACUUCAGUGCUGAUUCAGCCGACAACCCGAGCCAUGCCUACAUGAUGGAUGUGUGCAGCCCAGAAGACCAGGAUCGGGGAUUGAACAUCCAUGCACUGCUGGCAGGACUAGGAGGUGGAUUUGGUUACAUAGUGGGUGGCAUCAACUGGGACCAGACACAGUUCGGAAGGUCGAUGGGGGGUCAACUGCGGGUCAUAUACCUCUUUACGAGUAUCACUUUGGUGAUCGCCACAGCCAUGACUCUGAUGAGUAUCCCUGAACGGCCCUUACCAAAGAGCCAGCCAAACAAAAACUCCAGCAAAAACCAUCUGAAGAGCCCCAUUCUCCCUCUUCCUCCCUCUCCUCCCGUUCCCCCAGGAUCAGCUUUGGGACUGGAUGAGGAAGACGAAGAUGGUCUUUAUAGCUACAACUUCUCAAAAUCUCACCCCUCUGACCAUCUGGUCCACUCUUGCAGUGCCGAUCCAUGCCUCUGUCCCGGCCUCACUAGCCCCAUAUCGCCCCUGAGCCCCCUCACUCCAAAAUACGGCAGCUUUAUAAGCAGGGACAGCUCGCUCACAGGCAUCAAUGAGUUUGCUUCCUCGUUAGGAACCUCCUAUAUAGACAGUGUGCUCAUAGACUGCUAUACAGGUCAGCAGACACCACAGGCCCUGGCCCCCAACUCCACCGCUGGGCCCCUGCCUCCGGGGGACUCCCCUCCUCCUGAGGAGUCUACACAGGGGGCAGGGAGCAAUCCUGCGGGACAGACCCAGGCUGACGUGGUGUCUCAGCCGGGUGGAGAAGCUCAGGAUGCGGAGGCGCCCCAGCCUGAUGGAGAAACACACUCUCAUGGAGCAUCUCAGGCAGGGACGGCCGAAGCUCAGGCUGGUGCGGGGUCACAUCGGGGAUCCACUGCUGGUAUCCUGAAGCGACCCCAGAGUCUCGCGCUGAUGGAGGAGCCCGCGGCGACGCAGAUCGUCGGGCUGGAGAAUGGACGAAGGAGAACAGUGACCUUCAGCCAGCAGGUUGCAAACAUUUUGCUGAAUGGGGUGCGCUAUGAGAGUGAUCUGAGCGAGAAUGUGGAGACAGGAGAAUCCCAAAUGUCAAUGAAGCUGCUGUGUAUAGCCAUCUACAGGAUGCCUCCCUCUCUGCGGAGUUUAUGCACUAAUCAUUUUUUGGGCUGGCUGUCUUUUGAAGGCAUGCUGCUCUUCUACACUGACUUCAUGGGGGAGGUUGUGUUUGAAGGAGACCCCAAAGCGCCCCACGACUCUGAAGCUUACCAACGCUACAAUGCUGGUGUUAGCAUGGGCUGCUGGGGCAUGUGCAUCUAUGCAUUCAGUGCUGCUUUCUACUCAGCCAUAUUAGAGAAACUGGAGGAGCGUUUCUCUCUUCGCACUCUAUAUUUUUUUGCCUACUUGGCGUUUGGUUUGGGCACAGGCCUCGCCACACUAUCCACCAACCUCUAUGUGGUACUUUCUCUCUGUGUCACCUAUGGGGUGCUCUUCUCCUCUCUAUGCACGCUGCCUUACUCUCUGCUGUGUGAAUACUACCAGAGCCCUCAGUUUUGCGGCUCAUCAGAGGAAGGGACCAGGCGAGGGAUGGGGGUGGACAUCUCUCUGCUCAGCUGCCAGUACUUCCUGGCUCAGAUCCUGGUCUCUGUGGCGAUGGGACCUCUGACCUCACUGGUGGGUGGGGCCCAGGGAGUGAUGUACUUUGCAAGCCUGAUGUCAUUCGUGGGCUGCCUGUACUCCUCUCUCUGCGUGGUGUACCAGCUGCCCCCCCCUGAGGGUGAGCCCCCCGAAAGCGAGACCCAGCCACUGUUGGUGCACAUUUAGAGAAGCCUCUUAAUUUACUUUACCUCACACGCUCACUCACACACACUCACACACACUCAGUCACUCUGUCGCUUAGUGUGUUGACCUUCACAGCACCGAUAGGACAAACACACUUUACAUCCUGCCGCACACUGUACAGCACAACUCCAUAUAUUGUUUCACAGUAAUCAGCACUGCUCCUCUCAGAGCUAGACAGACAGACAGACAGACAUUGGCCACUGCUCUAAUAUGUGUAUACAUGACCAGUGUGUUCAUACAGUGUGUGUGCCCCUGCAUUUUUUCCUAACUUUUGAAUGUGUGAAUGAAUCGUGGGUGAAAAUGGAUGAGUGUGUGAGUGACCUCUUUGAGUCUGGAUAAGCUGUUCUUGUGUCUGAUUCUUUGCUGUAAAAUCUUGCAUCAUCUUUUCUUGCUUGUCUGUGUUUUAGCAUAGAAAUGUCGAUCACUACAUGCAGGCUAACCACGGCUUUCCCCCUCUUUUUCUUCCUUUUUAUCAGUUGCCUAACGUCUGCAUGAGCUGCAGUGUAAUCUCUCAAAGCCUUGUGUUUAAUGUUUUGUUUUUUGGUCAUAUGGCCAAGGGAAUGUCUACCUGCCUGUUUCUCUGAGUUAGCAUAUUAGCAUCACACUGUAAGGCAGGCUUUUUCUGACUAAAUGAAUGUGCUGCCAGUGACCACACACCCUCACUGUUAAAUGCCACUCCAUUAAUUCAAGAGCUCUUUUGGCGUAAUUUAGCAAAAACACACUUAAUAUUCCUGUGAAGCCAAACAGUGCUUAAUCACAGUCUUGAAAGGCUUCACAUUGUUCACAUUUUAACAUCACUUUCCACACAAUCUGGUCAUUAAUGAGACUUAACCAGUGUGCUAUUCCCCCCAAAUUUCACAGUUUAGCGCCAGGUGACUCUUAACUGAGCCCCAGGUAUGAAUACAAUGCCAAUUAAUUACUUUAAUCAGCACAAAGCCGUGACUAAUAGGAUGACACGCACAUGUAAACACAAGCUCGAACACAAACUUUCAAAAACACAGAGAAAUGUGUACUGGUGGCAAAAAAAUGUUCUGUCUGGGCCCUCACUAAGCCAUGGACAGCCCUGUGAGCUGUCACCCUGCUCCUGGCCAUACCAUUGUAAUAAUGACAGUGAUUCUUGUCAUUAUCAGGAAGAGGAGAAGUUGAAACUGGGGUGUGAAUCGGCAUUCAUUCGGAAACCGAACAAAACAGAAGAACAGCAAACAGAGAGAAGACUCAUGUGAGCUAUGGGGUAACCCCGAAGGUGGACAACAGUGAAGGAAAAAAGACUGUGGGGAGGGGAGGGGGUUCACAGAGCCAGCAGCAAGUACUUAUUGUCAUCAUUAGGGUGCAUGCUUAAGGUAGUAGGCUUCUGCUCCACCACGCUCGGCCCAUCAACUCACUAUUUCAUUUGUUAGCCAAGUUCCUCACAGGAAGUAUUACUCCUUUUCCAUCCCGAAGAAGAAGCCAUCUCCAUCAGAAAUGGUACAGAUAAUUAAUUUUUUACAUCUGUUGUGCCAUGGCAAACAGUAUGCUUUGUCUGCUCAGCCUCAACACGGGCAUCACACCUGACUUCAGGGCUUUAACAUAAGGUAAACUUCAGUAUACGACAUGUUUUAAGCCUUUCAUUGUGAUGUUUUCAUUGACUGGCUCACACACACUCGGGCGCCACAACGUUAUGGUGCCGGUCAUAAUUGCUGCCUCAGCAGAAUGUCAAUAAUUGCCUACUUAAAGCCUCCUGGACUACUGGAUGCACGCCAUGCUAACGUUUCUGAGGAAACUGUAAUUGUAUGGAUCAUGCUGUUGCAGCUUGCUUGAUAAGAAAAAAAGAACAAAACACAUUGGAGUUUUUGUGUUAAAUGGUACCACCUGUUGCUCAAUAUUAGCAGUGUUACUGUAAAAGCUACUUUUAUUCAGGGUUCAGUUAAAACUAAAAUGACCAUUUUGCCAC